UCCUCAUAGUCGAAACUAAUGGAGAUUGUCUGGAUUAUUGAAAAAAUCCCGCGCUUACAAAUGGAAUUCUAGUGACAAUGUUUUGCAGUUAUCAUAAAAUAGGCACAAUUGAACUUUCAAGUAUAAAUACAACAUGGUUAUAAUGAGAAUUUAUUGUUGUGCUGUAAGACUACUGUCAAGAACAGAUUCAAAGUCAAGGUUUCAGGGUCAUGGCAGAAAUAGACUAGUUGACAACACAUGGCAGCAACAAAAUCGUACGUUCUUCAGCUUCCCUAAACAAAGCCGUACCCGCGAGUACCGCGGGAGGCAACUAGUGGGGUACACCAUGGAACAAAUGUAUGAAGUUGUUGCGGAUGUAGAGAAUUAUCACAAAUUUGUACCUUGGUGCAAGCAGUCUCUAGUGAAACAAAAAUCAAGUAAUCGACUAGUAGGUGAACUCAUAGUUGGAUUCCCUCCUAUAAACGAAAGCUACACAUCCAUUGUGACCCUAGUCAAACCACAUUUAGUAAAAGCGGAGUGUACAGAUGGCAGACUUUUUGAACAUCUUAACACUGUCUGGAGAUUUAGCCCUGGUCUCAAAAAAGAACAACAAUCCUGUGUAGUGGACUUCCACAUAGAUUUUGAAUUCCGUUCAGUAUUUCAUUCCCAAAUAUCUAAUUUAUUUUUUGACCAAGUUGCCAAAAAAAUGGAAGGAGCAUUCAUUGCUGAAGUUGGUAAUAGAUUUGGUACAGCAACUAUGCCUCCAAGAAAUUUACUAAUCUGAAAUUAUUAGUAUGACAGUUAAAUUAUCUUGCUAAUCCAGUACUAAUUCUAAUACAAGACACAAGAAAGCCGGAUUCAUAGAAAAUUCGGAUUACUGGAAGUUAAGAGUCUAUCUCUACUAUAUCUACAUACUUUACGCUAAUUUUACGGUUUCACUCACGUAUUUUUAGUCACUGUAAAUACGUAACGUGACGUGUGUGUAACGUGUUUGUAAAUGGAGACCUAGGCUCUCCGGAACAUGUCGCGCGAGUGACUAAAAAUACGUGAGUAAAACCGUAAAAUUAGCUAAAUUAGUAUGUCUCAGGAUAGUUUAAAUUCGAUUAGAUCUACAUUUUGAUGGAUUUUUAAGGAUGUUUUAGUAAUAAAUUGAAUAUAAAAUGACUUAUCUACUUGUUAGCCAAUUAUAAACAGAAAGCACCUCUUUUAUUGCCAGAUUACUGGGUGUACCAGACUAUUUAAGUGCUGGAUUAUCGAGAUUUCACUGUACUGUUAGUCUCAAGAGUAUUCUCCUAUUUGUGAUCUGGAAAAUGUUCUCAGGUAAGAAUAUUCACCAUGAAAUCAGAGAAUAUACCUAAAAAUCGUACAACUGAAAUUAUAAAUAAUUAGACAAUUAUUGUUACCUAUGUGUAAGUGAUAUUAUAUUAUAUUUUCCUGAAAGAAAUUUAUUUAUUUAUAACAUAAUGAGCU